CAAAACUUUGUAACAUUUAAAAAAGUCGGAGAUAGGAAAACGUGCGCCCGUGUGUUCAAUAGGUUUUUCUACCUGCAAAAUUUAAACGAUUCACAAACUUGAAUUAAACCGACCGAAAUAAUGUCGGAUUUAGGUCUUAAGGACUUUUCACAAUUAGUUAGUGGUGCAGCAAUUCUAUUAUCAUUCUUCGCUGGCUACAAAUACGGAUUACGAAAUGUGUCAUCAACUGAGACCAAACAAACAUCAUCGAAGAAAAAUGAACCCGAAUUUGCAACGAAUGAAGGUUUGAGACAAUUUCGCGACAAUGGUGACUGUAAGAUGCUACUCAUUGUACGAAACGAUCUGAAAAUGGGCAAGGGGAAAAUAGCAGCUCAAUGCGGUCAUGCUGCAGUCGGUGCCUACGAAACAGCAAUUAAACGAUAUCCUAGCCUUGUUAGACACUGGCAAUUAAAUGGUUGUCCGAAAAUUGCCGUGAAAUGCGAGAGUAAAGCGGAAAUCAUCGAACUACGCAAUAAAGCACAGGCAAAGGACUUUAACACCUGCAUGAUUCGUGAUGCUGGACGAACUCAAGUAGAACCAAACACGAUAACAGUGUUGGCCAUCGGGCCCGCUCAAAGUGAUGCGUUGGAUCAAAUUACACGGCACCUGAAGUUGUUAUGAGUCGGUGGACUUCACGAAUUGUCUGAAUAAAAGAGCGAGCGAACCAGG